UUUGAAGUCUAAAAUUAGGGAGGCACCCCAACAGCAAAUGACGCAAGAAGUCUAAAGUGGACAGUCUACGCGUCUCCGUGUGUCAACGAUAGCUACGAGCACCGAGGACCAUGGAAACGUUCCCUACAACUUGGCUGUUGUUGAUGACAUGGAGGGUAUUUUUAGGUGUCGUUGUCAUCUUUCCGUAACAGCCCGGCUGCGGCGUUCAGUAUAAAGGACUCCUUCAAAAUGCAGUUGUACAACAGUGUGCUGACACACUACCCGAGGUCGUCUCGCAAACUUACAAUAACUUUAUCGAGUGGAUCUGAGCGCUUGAACGGGACAACACCGAGUUCCUCUGACGCCCAGAAGCCAGGAUUUACACAACCAGGCGCAACUUCAACGACCAACGAGGAUCCGGUGAGAGACGCUGCUUCUUCCGCAAACAUGCCUGCCUUUUCAUGUUACGAGGCUCCAUCCAUGAGGCCAGUUUACUUCACAUCCACUGCUGAGAUAUUAAUCCGCAGACCUGAUGGAGUGGAGAGGACUGUGCCUGUCCAUGUCAUCAGGGAAUCCAAGACUAAACCACCCUCUCCUGACUCCCAUAAUGGUGAGAGAAUCCUCUGUGAUGACUGUGACUCUGAUGUGAUUGUGGAACUGAUAGAUCACCUGAGGAAUGGCACGGAUGAGCUGUUUCCUGACUGCCCAGAGCUGGUUGAAAAUCACCUUUUCGACACUAACAACAUGUGUAGAUCCAGAGCAGAGGAAAACAAGAGGGCGGCUGGAAAUGCAAGCGAUGAUGAUACAGUUUCAGUGACUAAUGCCCCCAUCAGAAGCAAUGGAUGGGCCUCAUUACACGAAGAGGAGCUAGAUCCCUCCGGAGAUCUGUCCGAUGACUUCAUAAAGGAAAAUUUUAGAGAUGUGAGCAGUGGCAAAGCGGCCCCGGCAUCAGAUGAGAGAGGGGCCUUUGAGCUCAGCGUUCUGCAGGAGUCGCCUCCACAGAGGUGCCAGGAGCGAGAGGACAUCAACAAUAAAGUCACCCGGUACCUGGCUGAAGUGGAGAAACAGAACAAGUAUCUCCAGGAGAGGAGCAAAUACAGGUACCACAUCAUUCCAGAUGGCAACUGUCUGUACAGAGCUGUGUGCAAAGCCACGUACGGGGACCAGUCCAGGCACGGCGAGCUGAGGGAGCUGACGGUGCACCACAUCGCCGACCACCUGGACGAGUUCAACCCCAUCAUCGAAGGGGACGUCGGAGAGUUCCUGAUCAACGCAGCGCAGGAUGGUACCUGGGCGGGUUACCCUGAGCUUCUCGCCAUGAGCCAGAUGCUGAAUGUCAACAUCCACCUGACAACAGGGGGGAGCUUGGAGAGCCCCACCGUCUCCACCAUGGUGCACUAUCUCGGGGAGGAGGAUGCUUCCAAAGCGGCUAUUUGGCUGAGCUGGCUGAGCAACGGUCACUAUGACGUCCUUCUGGACAAGUGUCUUCCCAACCCGGACUACGAGGACUGGUGCAGACACUCGCAGAUGCAGAGGAAACGGGAUGAGGAGCUUGCAAAGUCGAUGGCUGCCUCUUUGUCCAAAAUGUACAUUGAGCAAAAUGGAUCUGCGUGAAAGACAUACUGGAUGUUGAGAAUAAAGGGGUGUACACUGAUACGGUAGAAUGCAGAACCACUGACUCUGCUCGGUUUCUACAUGCUUGAAACGUUUUUUUAUAAGAUUUAUAUUGUGUGAGAAAGAAAGUGCAGCGCACAGACUUUGUUUUGUAUACCAACAUUGCCAAAUUGAUGGCAGCAGAUUCUGAAAGUGUUUGAAAGUGUGUGAGCCUGAUGUUUUUGAUAGUUUGGGUUAUGUUGACAUGAUUGACAUUCUCUAAUGCUGAUUUAAGUUACUGUACAUGGAAGUGCCUUUGAGUAUUUAUUUGCCUUUUAUCGGCAGACCUGUUAUUUUUCUAUACUGUCUGCGCUUUGUAGGCCGUUGCCAAUUACAGAGAAACUUCAUCUGCCAUUUGUCAGCUACCAGCUACUGUUUAAUACCUGUAUAGCUACUCUGUUUUGCACAUAAGUCCAAUCAGACAAGUCCAGAGAGUUCGACCUCUGUCUGUGAGAACAACUCAAGUGUUCAUUUUCUAUUAUUCCAGUUCCUUUUAAGGCUUUUGACAAUAUGUUCCAAAAUAAAGCUUUGAAGAAACCUGA